AUUCAACGACCUAUCAGCAAUUGAUUAACAUUCCAAAAAAUUGAAAGUAAGUGUCGAACGUUAACAUCUGGCAAAAUGUUCGGGGAGAAGUGCAAACACACGGAAAAUCCUCAAAUGCUGACGGAUCAAGUGAUUAAGCAAAGUGAGCUGGUAAUAGACACAACACGUGCAAAAACCGAUCAAUGCAAAAAGGAGUCAGACUAUCGAAUCAAGGAACGUGUGCAGAAUAUUCAAUUUUUGACCGAUGAAAUUGUAAGCAAGAAAAAAGAGGUGACUAUUGAAGAGGAAGCCGUAAAAUCAUAUUGCAAGCGUCUUAUCAACGCCAUCAAAUUCAUCAAAGAUAUUCAAGAAAAGAAUCAGAAACAGUACACAAUUUUGAGUGAAGAUUGCCACAAAGUUCCUAAAAAUAGUGAUGUGGUCUUUCGAGAGCUGACGCAUGAAAAAAUUGUAUUGCAAAGCAAUUAUGAGAAAUUGGACACACUUUUGAUGCGUCUUAUUGAAAAGUCAAGGCUUUUACGAGCUGUAAUUUACACAUUGGAUAGUGAACUAUUGCGGAAAAGCACAUCGAUGGAAAUCGAUAGGAAUAAUUUGGAUCUGAGAACCAAUUUCAUGGCAAUGGAAUUCGAUUUGGAAAAACGGAUGCAGUCGGAUCCAGUUUUUACGACUCAAAAUGAGUGGGAACACUUGACUCAUACUCUUUUGCAAAAAUCUUCCGACGAAAUCGCAUCGUCAAAACAGCUUCGUUCCUUCACCGACAUUUCGUUGAGUCGAGCGCUAGAGGAGUUAUCGAAACAAGUGAAUCGUACCAGCGAAGAGUUUUGCAGGCGAAUCGGUGAUGCGACUUACGCAAAAACCGCAUUAGAAGAACAACAAAAUCAAACCCAAGUGAAAAUCAACGAUAUCAAGAAAAAUUUAAUCAAUUUACAAACUGAAUUGGAGGCCAAGGAGAGAUUUUUGGUGUUGUGCCAAAAUCGACUAGAGAAUCGAGCACUUCGCCCAGGCACUGAACUAUGCAAAGAUCGAGUACAUGAAACUCUUGUGAAUGAAUUGCACACACUUCAAGAGACCAUACACCAUUUAAAGUAUAUGAUCAAGAAGUCAUUCGAAACCCAACGGCAUUUGCUACAGACAAAGUUCAAACAAGAUGAAGACAUGGGCCUGCUGACUCAUCGAAUUCAACUAGAUGAUGUGGAUUGUUUGACUAUUCGGAAUUCCAUUGAAUUCACAUCUUUUUAA